GAAUUUGGAUGUCCAUUUACUCACAUCAAUUAGGAUUGGAUUCUAUUGGAUAAAAAGAAAAGAGAAUAAUCCAAAUCCAAUUGGGCCGAGCAGGGGAGCGCACGGCCGCGGAUCGCUCUCCCGGCCGCCGCACGGAGCGGAGCUCUCCCGCCACCGCGCUCUCCGGCCAUCGCGCGGAGCUCUCCCGGCCACCGCGGGUCGCUCCCUUCCGCGUCCGCCGCAGCUGCCGCUUGGUCCCACCGCCUCUUCUCUCGUGACGCAACGGUGGUCAACUGAGAGGAUGUCUAAUAGCGAAAGUGUGGCAUUACUUCCUGAAAGUGCUGGUGAAGUUGCACAAACUUCGAAUCGCAGCAGGAAGAGAUCUGCAGUUUGGCAAUAUUUUGAAGAGUUACCUGAUGAAGGAAAGGCAAAAUGCAUCCAUUGCGACUCAAAAUUUGCUUAUCACAAAGGUGAUGAUCUUCAUGUCAGGUGCACAGCUCACAUAUUGAACUUGGUUGUCCAAGAUGGGAUGGAAACCAUACGGAGUGCUGUUGAGCCUGUUAGGGAUGUUAUUAAACAUAUUACAUCAUCUAGCUCCCGGUUGCAAAUUUUCAAUACCAUCCCACAACAAUUAAACCUUAAACCUAAGAGGGGUUUCAAUUUAGAUGUUUCUACAAGAUGGAAUUUUAUGUAUGACAUGCUGGAGGAAGCUCUUGAGUACAAGGAUGCAUUAACCCAUUAUGCUAAUCUGCAAAACAUUCAAGGACCCAACCUUGAACAGUGGAACCUGAUAGAAAGAGUGUGCAGAUUUUGCUGGCUGAUGAUAAUUGCUGCUCACUUUGGUGUAGGAUUAGUGAUACUCUAAGUUGUAGUACUGUGUUGGCGAUGGCUGCAGGUCGUUGGGUGUCCAAUGGAUUCUCUAGGCAUAAUGGUAAUUUUCUCCCCUAGAAUCAAUCUUCAGUUUGCUGUUGGAGACAUUGUAAACUACUGCUGUAAGCUCUUCUUUUUACAGCAAUUCAGUUCUUUUCUCUCUUUUUUCUUCCAAAUUUGUGGAAUUGUGGUUCAUUUGAGUGUGAGAAAACCCCCCGUGUCUUCUUA